AUGGAAGACGCCAACCCAGACGCCGCAGCCGCCGCCACCGGAGGCGACUCGCGUUCCCAUUUCCAGAUCGAUCUCGAGGCGCGGCAGGUGAUGGUCAAACAAAUAUUUAAGACUCUGAGGUGGCAUCUGCCAGUGUCAGAUGAAGAGGGGCGCAGUAGACUUCAAAAGCUUGCUGAGGGAUUUGAGCUUAAAUUCUACAAAGAAGCCACCAACAAGGAUAGUUAUAAGCGGAAGAUUGCUAUGCUAUUGAUCUAUGUGAAGAAUAUGUAUCAAAAUUCCCACCGUCAAGGUCUGAAGCAAGCAACACCAAAAAUUGAUUCUGUAUAUGUGUUUCUUUCUCUUCAGAAAAAUGAUAAAGGCAAGGCACCCAUGCCUGAGUCUCCAGGAGAUGAGAUUAUUCCACCUCCACAAGAAUUCUGGGAUUCUACCCUGUAUGGUCCGGGCAAUGAGGACCCGACCUAUGAACCUGGGGAUGACAGGGCAACCAAUUUGAAGAAGCGCAAAUUUGAUUGUUCAAGUUCUUGGGCACCUCUGCUCGGACAGCCCACCUUCUCUGUUCCUGUGGAUGAUCCCUCUUCCUCCCUAGAAAUUCCAGAGGCGUCCUCAUCUGUACCGUCCUGCCAUUCCAGGAUCGUUCAGAAAACUGUAGUUGCACUGUGCACAUAUAUGCACGGCCAUAUGGAUUUCGAUGUGCCCUGGUGCCUUCCUGUUGCGUUGCAACUCGAAGGCUUGAUGAAGAACCCUGAGUCAUUCAAGGAUUAUUACGAGCUCGAUGAAAUGUACAGCAAAUGUCAAGCGAAUGGACCUAAUGGAAAGCGAGCCGGUGUUUGGGAAGACUUCACGCCGAUAAAAGUACUCGGGCCUGAUAGGAAGGUGAUGCUCACCUUGGCAAUCUGCCAUGACUGCAACAUGGCGUACCAGACUGGUAAAUGGGACUCCAAAAAGGGGAGCCUCUCCAACAAUGGUACCAAAACCCUCAAGGGGCACAACCGCAAAUGCAGUGCCCAGCACCAUAUAGCCGGCAACACUCAAGGAGCCAUUCACCAAAUGCCGUAA